AACUCCACAGCACCUAACAACAACAAUUGUGAAGUAUCCCCCCUGUUUUCUUUUGUGAAAAUAUAAUUGAAGAAUUCAUUCCAAAAUUUUUAUAAUAACUGAUAUUUCAAAUUAAAGUAGUCAGUAAACCAGAAAGACUCUGUGCACAGGCUGUAUUAAGGAGUGUGCAAUGUUUCACCGUUGGUACGUGUGACAGAUUGACUCUGUGUUUUUCCUGGAGGAAAUUCGUGAAUGGAAGAAAAGCUGGGUGUAAGUAGCGUCAUGAUGUCUUCUGAAUUCCUUUGAGUCUAAGUUUAGGGACACUAGACUGAUCUAGGGUCGUCAUGUGGUACUUUAUGUAAGGUGUGAAAUUUCCUGAGAGUUAAAUAAAUUUUUUUAUAUAAUUUCUUCAACAGAAUAUUGAAAGAUGUUUGUUCCAAGAUCUCUAAAAAUCAAGAGGAACGCUAAUGAUGACAGCAAAGGUUGCGUGGCUAAGAAAACUAAAUCACAAGCAGAAGACCUUCAGUUGGAUGAAGGCAGAGAUGCUGCAGAGGUUUUAGUUACAAAAGAAGCUUCCACACUGGACAGGCCCAGCCCUGAGUCAGGCCUCUUCCCCAGUCCUGGUGACCAGUUGGCUGAGGUUUGUUUGGUAGGAUCUGAGCAGGGUACAAAGGACAGUGAUCUUUCUGAGGAGCCUGUGAAGUCAUUUUCCAAAACACAGCGCUGGGCAGAACCUGGAGAGCCAGUCUGUGUUAUCUGUGGGCGUUAUGGAGAGUAUAUCUGCGAUAAGACGGAAGAAGAUGUGUGUAGCUUGGAGUGUAAAGCAAAACAUCUACAAGUUAAGGAAAAGGAAGAGAAAGGAAAACUUAGCAGUCCACAAAAAGCUGAUUCUGAGUCAGAAUCUCUGUUUAGUGCUUUUUAUAUCUAUAAAGAGCACCCCUUUAUUUUGAACCUUCAGGAGGACCAGAUUGAACAUCUUAAACAGCAGCUGGGAAUUGUAGUUCAAGGGCAAGAAGUCACCAGGCCCAUUAUUGAGUUUGAACACUGUGGUUUCCCUGAGGCUUUGAAUCACAACUUGAAGAAAUCAGGCUAUGAAGUUCCAACCCCCAUCCAAAUGCAGAUGAUUCCUGUUGGACUUCUGGGAAGAGACAUCCUGGCCAGUGCUGAUACUGGCUCAGGAAAAACGGCUGCCUUUCUUCUUCCCGUUAUCAUUCGAGCUUUAUUGGAGGACAGAACUCCAUCUGCACUUAUUCUGACACCAACAAGAGAGCUAGCCAUUCAGAUAGAGAGGCAAGCUAAAGAAUUGAUGAGUGGGCUGCCUCGCAUGAAAACAGUGCUUCUCGUAGGGGGCUUACCCUUACCCCCCCAGCUUUAUCGGUUGCGACAGCGUGUUAAGGUUAUCAUAGCAACCCCUGGGCGACUUCUGGAUAUAAUAAAACAGAGCGCUGUAGAACUCUGCAAUAUAAAAAUUGUAGUAGUAGAUGAAGCUGAUACCAUGUUAAAGAUGGGCUUUCAACAACAGGUGCUUGACAUUUUGGAAAAUGUUCCUAAUGAUUGUCAGACCAUUUUGGUUUCAGCCACAAUUCCGACUAGCAUGGAACAACUAGCAAGCCAACUUUUGCAUAAUCCUGUGAGAAUUACCACUGGAGAAAAGAACCUGCCUUGUUCCAAUGUACGCCAGAUUAUUUUAUGGAUAGAAGAACCAUCCAAAAAGAAAAAAUUAUUUGAAAUUUUAAAUGAUAAGAAACUGUUUAAGCCUCCAGUGUUAGUGUUUGUGGACUGCAGACUAGGAGCGGAUCUGUUGAGUGAGGCAGUUCAGAAAAUCACAGGCCUAAAAAGCAUAUCUGUACAUUCGGAGAAGUCACAAAUAGAAAGGAAAAACAUACUGAAGGGAUUGCUUGAAGGAGACUAUGAAGUUGUAGUGAGCACAGGAGUCCUGGGACGAGGCCUGGACUUGAUCAAUGUCAAGCUGGUUGUCAACUUUGAUAUGCCUUCAAGUAUGGAUGAGUACGUGCAUCAGGUUGGAAGAGUGGGAAGAUUAGGGCAAAGAGGAACAGCGAUUACUUUCAUCAAUAACAAUUCAAAAAGACUUUUCUGGGAUAUUACAAAAAGGGUAAAACCUACAGGAACCAUUCUUCCCCCACAGUUACUCAAUUCCCCUUACCUUCAUGACCAGAAGAGAAAGGAACAGCAGAAAGUUAAACAGACACAGAGCAAUCUGGUUACAGGAGCUAAUCUUAUGGACAUUAUUAGAAAACAUGAUAAAAGUAAUUCUCAAAAAUGAUUUGUUGUGCCACUUCAAAAAAUUUUUUAUUUUAUAUUGUUAGCAAAAUAUCUGUAUAUUAUUACUGUAUGAUGUUUGAGUAAAUGGGACAGGUACAUGAACUAAAAAACUUUAAUGUAUGAUUUUCAAAAAUUUAACAGAAUAUAAAACUUUUACAGCAAAGUUGUAUUUAUUUCCCUUCUUAAUUCUCAUAAAUUAAAAACAACUUCAGAAAAUAAUUGCUAAAUAAAAUUUUUUUUCU